GUGUGUUAGUCUGACAUGCAAACACCAGGCAGAGACUUUUACUAUCAGUGCGAUCACAGCUUCACAGCAGACAUGGUGGACACCCAGCAGCUCCUGGCCUGGCCCGUGGGCUUCAGCCUGAACACGACGGACCUGCCAGAGCUGGACGACAGCUCCCACUCCCUCGACAUGAAGCAUUUGUCCACGCUGGACUACGCCUCCAUUUCCUCCUCCUCCUCCAUCCCGUCCUCCGUCUCUCCCCGGCUCGUAUCCUCCAUGUCUUCCGCCGGCGUGACCUACGACCUCAGUCCGCCACAGAUUGAGGAGCACCUGACCAACAUGGACUACACAAACAUGCAUAGCUACAGGACAGAGCCAGACAUGCACAACUCAAUCAAGCUGGAGCCCGAGUCGCCUCCGCAGUACGCUGACAGUCCCGUGUUCGCCAAGCUCCCCGAAGAGACGUCGACCGCAGGCCUAAACAUCGAGUGUCGUGUGUGUGGGGACAAAGCCUCGGGGUUUCACUACGGCGUUCACGCCUGCGAGGGCUGUAAGGGUUUCUUCAGACGCACAAUCAGGUUAAAGUUGGUGUACGAUCACUGUGAUCUUCACUGCCGCAUUCACAAGAAGUCCCGCAACAAGUGCCAAUACUGCCGCUUCCAGAAGUGCCUCAACGUCGGCAUGUCGCACAACGCUAUUCGCUUCGGCCGGAUGCCUCAGGCGGAGAAGGAGAAGCUGCUGGCCGAGUUCUCGUCCGACAUGGAGCACAUGCACCCAGAGGCGGCGGAUCUGAGGGCGCUGGCCCGGCAUCUGUACGAGGCCUAUCUGAAAAACUUCCCCCUCACCAAGGCCAAGGCCAGGGCCAUCCUCUCUGGGAAGACCGGAGACAACGUGCCUUUUGUCAUCCACGACAUGAAGUCUCUGAUGGAAGGGGAGCAGUUUAUCAACUGCAGGCAGGUUCCCAUCCCAGAGCAGCAGCAGCAGCAGCAGCAGCAGCAGCAGCAGACCUCCAUCCCGACAGGCGGACACGGAGCAGUUUUCGGGAUCAAAGGCGCCGGAGUUCAUCCCAUGUCGGACUUGGGCGUGGUGGGCAUGCAGAGCAUCUGUGGACAGGGACCCCUGGACAUGGCCGAGCUGCGUUUCUUCCACAGCUGUCAGUCACAAUCGGCCGAGGCGGUGAGACAGGUGACCGAGUUCGCCAAGAGCAUCCCCGGAUUCGUCGAUCUGGACCUGAACGACCAGGUUACUUUGCUGAAGUACGGCAUGAUUGAGGUCUUGAUCAUCAUGAUGUCGCCUCUCAUGAACAAAGACGGGACCCUGAUCUCCUAUGGACAGAUUUUUAUGACACGGGAAUUCCUCAAGAGUCUCCGGAAACCCUUCGGUCAAAUGAUGGAACCAAAGUUUGAGUUCUCGGUCAAGUUCAACACGCUGGAGCUGGACGACAGCGACAUGGCUCUGUUCCUGGCCGUCAUCAUCCUCAGCGGAGACCGGCCCGGCCUGCUGAACGUCAAGCCCAUCGAGCAGCUUCAGGAGACGGUGCUUCACUCUCUGGAGCUGCAGCUGAAGCUCAACCACCCCGACUCGCAGCAGCUCUUCGCCAAGCUGCUGCAGAAGAUGACGGACCUGCGGCAGAUCGUCACCGACCACGUGCACUUCAUCCAGCUGCUGAAGAAGACCGAGGUGGACAUGUGCUUACACCCGCUGCUGCAGGAGAUCAUGAAGGACCUGUACUAAAGCCGGGGGCAGCGCCAGACAGACUGACUGAAACAAACCGAGAGAGAGAGAAGAACAGGAAAAGAGAAAUCAGGAAAAGAAAUACCGAAUCUGAGUGUUAGAUUUUUAUCUCCACAGCCUGAAUGCAUAACUUGUGGUGCGCAAUCAUUAAGCCGCUGCUGAGCCUGGACAUUUUGUUAUGAGUAGGCUGCCAAUCGAAAUACAAAACCACCACCCAGAGCACCAGAGACCAGUGUGUCUGGAACUCUUAUUGACAGUCUCUAGCUGUUUUUUUUUUUUUUUCCAACACCUUCGAGUGCCUUCAGGAGAAACGAAUCGCUGCCAUCCAGCAGGCAAACACGCACAAGCACACAAACACACACACACAGUCGUCUUCUGUCUCAGCGUCAGGGUGAAGGUGCUAUCUCUUUUUAAUCCAUAGAUACAGAUCUGAUUGAAGCCUGCAACGUUUUGUCAGUGUCAAACAAGCUGUGAGAAAAGUUUGCUCUUUGGGGGAAAUGAACCUGUACAUACUGUAAUGUGCCUUUAACAUCUUAUCUUCUUCUUUUUUUAAUGAAUGAAUAAACUUUAAAGACUUUAUAUAUUAUACACACAAAAUGUAUGAUAUAUAUAUUCAAAUGUAUGUUUUGUUUUGUAGAUAAAAGCAAUUUGAAUAUAUGUGGGCUCCUUUUUUUUUAGAUUUUAAUUAUGAGAAACUGGUUGUAAUUUUUCUUGAUGAGAUUAUUUUGUAUGUUGUGAGUCUUCUGUGACUGAUCUUUGUAAUGUUUAUUUUGGGGCUGCGCAGACAAAAGACUGGAUUUAUAAGAUAUUAGCUGUAAAUAAAUCUUUU